CUCCCUGCGCACGCUAGCGCCGCCAUAGCGAACUUUUUUUGUCGAGACGGGACUGGAACAGCAAAAGCGCUUUCCCCCCGUAGAGACGAACCAGAUGGCUCCCCGUAGGAAGAAGCAGCGCCUCUCAGAGGCGGGCGCCGAGGCUGUCGCGGCUGUCGCGGCCGUCGCAGUCGCCCCCAGCACCGCACCCGCCGUGGAAGCGCCCAAGAACGACCGCAAGUCGAACGCGCGCCGACAGCUCUUCGUCCGCAGCCUGGCAAAGACCGUCACGACCGAGGCAUUGACCGACUUCUUCUCCGACUCAUACCCAAUCAAGAACGCGCUCGUCGUGCUCGACAAGGACACCAAGGAGUCCAAGGGCUACGGCUUCGUCACCUUCGCCGACGUCGAAGACGCCCAGCGCGCGCUGGACGAGCUCAAUGGCGCGAGUCUGCAGGGCAAGAAGAUCCGCCUCGAGAGCGCCGAGGCCCGACACCGCGAGGACGGCGCCGAGAGCAAGGGCCAGCGGCUCAAGGCCGAGCGCGAGGCAGCCAAGAAGGAGAACCAGACGCCCAAGUUGAUCGUGCGAAAUCUGCCGUGGAGCAUCAAGACGCCCGAGGACCUCGAGAAGCACUUCCGCAGCUUUGGCAAGACGCACUUCAUCAAUCUGCCCAAGAAGCCCAACGGCGAGCUGCGCGGCUUUGCCUUUGUGGCCAUGCGCGGCCGGAAGAACGCCGAGCGCGCGCUGGCCGAGCUCAACGGCAGGGACAUUGACGGCCGCCCGAUUGCCGUCGACUGGGCCGUCGACAAGGAGGCGUGGCAGACGCUGCAGAAGACGGAGCAGGAGGGCGACGACGUGAAGGACAAAACGGACGUGGACAUGGAGGACGCGGGCUCUGACGUCGAGUCGAGCGAGGACCCUUCUGACGCCGAGUCUGUCGACGACAGCGACGACGGCAGUGACGACGACGACGACGACGACGACGAGCUGUCUGAACUCGACGAUGACGACGACGACGAAGAAGAAGAAGAGGAGCAGAAGCCCCAGCGCCCCAACUACGUCCUCUUCAUCCGCAACCUGCCCUUCACCGUCGACGACGAGAGCCUCAAGGAGCACUUUAAGCAGUUCGGCGCCAUCCGCUACGCCCGCGUCGUCUACGACCGCGAUACCGAACGCCCCAAGGGGACCGGCUUCGUCGCCUUCUUCAACGAGGACGAAAUGAUCGACUGCCUAAAAGGCGUGCCGAAAGUCACCAUCAACACCAAGCAGAUCGAGCGCAAAGACGGCGCAACCAUCACCACCUCACACUCGGUCCUCGAAGACGCCGACGCCGACCCCACCGGCAGAUACACAAUCGACGGCCGCAUCCUGCACCUCAGCCGCGCCGUCGACAAGACCGAAGCCACGCGUCUCACCGCCGAGGGCGCCGCCAACCGCUUCAACCGCGACAAGGACAAGCGGCGCCUGUACCUGCUCAAUGAGGGAACCAUCGCGUCUAACUCGCCCUUGUACGCCCAGCUCUCGCCCUCGGAAGUCAAGAUGCGCGAGGACAGCGCCACCCUGCGCCGCAAGCAGAUCCAGGACAACCCCUCACUCCACCUCUCCCUCACCCGUCUCUCUGUCCGCAACCUCCCGCGCUCCAUCACAUCCAAGGACCUGAAGCAGCUCGCCCGCAAAGGUGUCGUCGGCUUCGCAGAGGACGUCAACGCCGGCAAGCGUCAGAAGCUCAGCAAAGCCGAAAUCGCCCGCGGUGGCGAGGAAAUGGUCAUCGCGGAGAAGAUCCGCAAGAAGCGCGGCAAGGGAAUCGUGCGCCAAGCAAAGGUCGUCUUUGAGACGGAGAAAGGCAGCAAAGUCGGCGAGGACACGGGCGCGGGGCGCAGCAGAGGAUACGGCUUCAUCGAGUACUACACGCACCGCAACGCUCUGAUGGGGCUGCGCUGGCUCAACGGGCAUGCUGUCGACUACAAAGUCAAGGGCGAGAUGCCCAAGAGCAAGAAAGCCGCCAAAGAGGCCAUGGAGGACAAGCGCAAGCGCCUGAUCGUCGAGUUCGCCAUCGAGAACGCGAAUGUCGUGUCCCGCCGCUCAGCCGCCGAGGACAAGUCCCGCGAACCAAAGCCGGCAAAAGGCGCGGCCGGGUCUGAGUCUGAUGCCGAGCAGGACACAAAGGCUAAGGCCAAGGGCCAGAAGAGGAAGCGCGAUUCGAGCUCGGGUACUGGUCGGGAUGCGAAGAAGCCAGGGUCGCGCGCGGAAGGGAACAAGCCGCCCGCUGAUGCAGAGCAGGACAUGGAUAAGGCCAAGAAGAGGCAGAAGAGAAAGGCUAAUCGGGCUAAGUAGUCAUUGCACGUCACCGUCUGCUUGAGGGGGGGAUCGAUAGCGCAUAGCGAAGGCGUUCAGUUGAAA